AUGGCAGACAAGAAAGUUACACCACCACUCGGGGCUUACCCACAACCUCAACCUCCACAAGGGCCGUUCCUGCCCGCCCCGCCCCAUCAGGCCGCACCGCAGUAUGGAGCGCAAAUGUUAGUAGCGGGCGGCUCUCCAUACGGGGUGACUUUUGGGGGUGCGGGCGCAGGCGCUGGCGGAGUGUAUGCGCCGCCACCCUACGAUCAGCUGCAACACCACCAGGCGAUACCGGCACUUAGCCAGCAGUUGCCUAUGUAUAGCCCAGCAGCGGCUAUGUAUGCAGCGGCUGCUGGCUAUCCCGGAUACAUAGGCUAUCCCGUGCAGUACUACCCAUACUAUCCCACAGCGGUCCAGCCCUCCAUACAACCGCUGCGUCCGACUAUCAUGAUUCCUAACGGUUUCGAGGCAGGUGGUAGGUUCGAGGGCCUCGCACAGACUCUGCUGCCGCCCGCACCUCCCGGCGUGCCGCCAUCGCCCGCGCACCUCGCUGCCAUACAGCCGCACCAAGUGCUGUGGCGU